AUGCCCCAUCCGCUCACCCUGUCUCCUCUGCCUGCAGCCUUUGUCUUCCUGGAGUCUUCACAGCCCUCGAGGACACACUGCCCCGUACACCCGGAGAUGGAUGCCGUGUACGAGCUAGCCCGUCAGAUGGACGUGGUCAUCAAGGACCUAAAGAGAUACCUGGAUAGGCACAGCUUGGAGACAUCUGAGGACAGCGACAGCUCCUGGACUACCGUCACGGCCAGUGAAGUUGAGUCCUGUUCAAGCGUCUCUCUGUCCCCUUCGAGAGCAGAUUCCCACAAUUCCAUCAUGGCGAGCGCAGCCAGCUCAUCUACAGAGGAGUCUCUGUCCCCUUUGAGUGGUGACUCCAGGACUAAAAUCACGGCGAGCGAUGUUGGCUGCUCUUCACGAGAGCCUCUCCCCACUCUUGUGGGUGGAGAAGACAUGGCUCACGCAUCCACUGCCCAGCUGGGCCUCGGGCAUCCCAGCACCGACCUGGAGGAGCAGCCUGGCCCGGCAACUCGCCCACCCUGCAGCGAGGAAGUGCUCAGCUGCCUCAAGGCCAGCAGCGUGCAGCAGCAACAGCGAGAUCUCGAGGUCCAGCUGGGUGCUCCCGUUCUGCCUCCAGAGGUGCCCGACGUCCACCCCAGGGAAACUGAGACACCUAUCGCACACCACAGAGGCCAGGACACCUUGGAGGGCCUCAUCCCAGAACCCAAACUGGAGCAGGAGCUGGGCCUGGCAGCCAAUGUGGAUGAGUCUCUGCAGGAUGUUCCAGCCGCAGCCCCGCCAUCACCUCGGCAACGAGAAGAGCGUGAUGUGAUGGUAGUUCCCAUCGUGCAGGACCUGCCUUUCCUGGAUGAGGCUGUGAAAAGGCAGCUGGAGCGUCACAUUGUAAAAAAGAAGAUCCAGAGACGCUAUGGGCUGCCAACCAGGGUGCUGGAAUACGAAAAGAGCUUUGAAGACCUCAUCCUAGGGCAAACAGCCCAGCAGCCUCCCGCUCCACAGAGGCACACUGGUCUGCCCUACCGCUCUCCCUUCCAGCGCUGGGACAGGCACGUUCGGACCAGGAAGACAGCAGGACAGCCCCCUGGCCCGCAGGAAGAGUCUGCAGGCCCUGUGGACACAUGGCCACGAGGGAUGCAGGCUCCAGUCCACUCUGGGCCAGCAGCGUUCCUGGGAGCGGCACGAGAGAUGCCCCUGGAGGACGGGGAGACACCCCCAUGCAAAAGGGAGCAUGGCGGAACAGACCGCAGCAGCAGCAAUAUCACAGCCAGCAGGGAGACCCUGCUGGUCACCCAUGGGAAGGAGAAGGUCCCUGGGACACAAGGCCAUGUGCACAGUCCAUCCCCUUCUGACCAGGCAGAGCAGGCACCGCCACAGGGUGAAGGUGCUCCCCGGGAGCAAGCAGGCCGGGUGUCGGAGAGCCCCAGCACCUCCUGCAGAAACAUGGGGCCACCAGAGCUGCUGUUGGAGAAGAGUGUCCCCAUGGGAGAAGCAGACCGCUCCCUGGAAGGCCGGCACAGCUCCAGGGAGGACCUGCGGAAAUCUGAGCUCCCAUCAGACUUGACAGCUCCUCCAAGGAGCAGCAGUCCCCCGCAGGCACAAUGCUCCUCCAGCAAGAAGACACCCUCAGCUUUGCCACUGUCUCCAGAUUCUGCGGGCACCAGCCAUCAGAUCCCCCAUCUGGAAGAGCUCCUCUCAGCCCUUGCUCGUUACUACAGGGCCAGCCAAGCUGCUGAAGACUUGGAGAAGCAGCUCAUGGAUCAAUGGCUGGAGCAGACCCCUGGCAAAGCGGGGCACCCAAGGACAGACCCACCAGCGGAGCUCCUUGGUGCCUUGCAGGGCCACAGCCAUAGAGGAGCAGAGCGGGGCAAGGGAAGCGCCCAGGGCAGAGCUGGCUCCAGGAAAGUCUGCCCCACAUUCAGCAAAGCCCCAUGCCAGGGCCAGAAGAGGGCUGCUGCUGGCCAGCAAUCGCAGUGGGUCCAUGUGUCUGGGUCCCCUGUACACAACGCUCUGUUUCAGCACAGGUGGCUUCUGCCGCGGCAUGCUCCCGCGUGACUCGAGCCCCCGUGAGAGCAGCCAGACACAGGAGUCCUGGGGCAGAGACACCACCUCUGCCAGGCAGCAGCUGCUGCAUGCUCGCCUUCAUCCCUGUUUGCUGCUAGAGUGCCUGCACCAAGCUGCGAGGCACAUGCAAGGCCCGAUGCGGCAGCAGCAGAAAGGAGAGGAGAGGUGAGGAGCCUCAA